AUGGUUGCGCAGUCGCUGAGUUCGCUCUUACAGCGAGCUUCGAUUGACGAUCAUGAGGAGGUCCUCCAGUCCUGCAAUGAGGCUCUUGCCAAGUCUAAGACCGACCAGAAUGCUCAGCACAUUAAGAUUAUUGCUUUGCUAAAACUCGACCGCUACGAGGACGCCUUGCGAGUCUUCAUGUCCGGCGGCGAGGCGCUCAAGAAGCGAGCUGGCUUGGAAUACGCAUAUGCGUUAUAUAAAUGUGGAAAGUUGGAGGAAGCUCUUGAAGCUGUCACACAGUCCGGCGCUAGUCGGGGUGCCGGUCAUCUGGAAGCGCAAGUUAGCUAUCGAGCUGAGCAGUUCCGCCGCGCUGCAGAUAUUUAUGAAAAACUGUCCGAAGACAAAGCUUCUUCCCGCCAUGAGGAAAAUGACCUCAGCAUAAACUCGUGGGCUACAGAUGCGCAAUUGCAAUGGAGGGGAGAGGGGGAGCAUGUGCGCCAUGAUCGCCCUUCCAGAGAGGAUUUGGAAUCCUUUGAAACUGCCUACAAUGCUGCCUGCUUGAAUAUUGCCAAGGGGGCAUAUAAGCAAGGCGAAGUCCUCCUGAACCGCGCAAAGACUGAAGAUCGGGAGGCAGAGUUGCUACCGAUAUCAGUUCAGUACCUUUAUGUCUUGAUCCAGCAAGGCAGGACAGAGGAGGCUGAAUCACUUCUUGAGCAAAUCCAAGUGGAAGACAUCUCAGAGCUUUCCACGAAGAAGAUUGCCAGAAAUAACAUCACUCUGGCUUGCCAGUCUACACUCAACCCUUAUCUCCACUACAAGACCCUUCGCGAGACUCCUGAUGCCAUCAACAAUGAUCGGCUCUUCAACUUCCAAGAUAAUAUCCUUCUUGGUAACUCUUAUGCAGCAGAUCUUCUAGUUCAGAAGUAUGAUGGUAUGAUCCGGUCAACAGCGAAGGGACUCGCACGCAGCUCGUAUCCGUCCACUUCAUGCAGCUCGAAUCUUCUGUCAGUGUACAACGCCGCGGCUCACGCAAAGGGCCAAACCGGCCAGAAGGCCUUGAAGCAGAUUCUCCCACUACUUGAGCGGCGCCCGAAAGACAUCGGUCUGCUCCUUACCGUUGUCCAGCUCUACGUCAACGCCGGCAACACCACAUCCGCCAUUACCGCCAUGGAGCGGUCGCUUCGCAGUUUGGAGGAGUCCAUCUCCGAAGCGGACCAGGACGCCCGUUUCAACCCCGGCCUGCUCAGUGCCCUCGUUUCGCUCUAUCAGCUUGAAGGCCGCAAGCUUCAGAUUCGCUCAACUCUCGCACAGGCCGCCGCGUAUUGGCGCCAGAAGACCGACGCUCCCUCCUCGCUGCUGCGCGCUGCCGCCACCUCCCUGCUGCACUCGGACGACCAGGCCGACUUGGCCACCGCCCGUGACCUGUUUAAGUCACUGCAUCAACAGGAUCCCACGGAUCGCGUUGCCGUCGCCGGCUACGUUGCUUCCCAAGCCACGUUGAAUUACACAGAUAUCGAGGCGCAGCUCGACCGCCUUCCCUCCGUUGCCGAUCUUGUGGGUGGUGUCGACGUCUCUGCUCUUGAGUCUGCUGGCAUCGUGUCCUCAGGCUUGUCGGCCGCCACUACCGCUGCGUUCGCCGUCGCCCGUAAGCGUGCGGCUGCGGAGAAAGACGGUCGUGCUGCGAAGCGGGUGCGCAAAUCACGUCUCCCCAAGGACUACGAUCCCGAGAAGAAGCCCGACCCAGAGCGCUGGCUACCGCUGCGGGACCGCUCAUCCUAUCGACCCAAGGGCAAGAAGAAUAAGCAGCGUGCCGCGGACAGAACACAGGGUGGCGUUGUCUCCGAGAAGACAGAGGAGUCUGUGGCCCAGCCGCAGCAGAAAGCAGGCGGUGGCGGUGGAGGAAACGCGAAGAAGAACAAGAAGAAGGGUAAACGGUAG